AAGAGUGUCUCAGUGAGUACAGUCUUCAAGUGUCUUCUGGUUUUGAUCAGACGCUCUAUUCAAUUCUCUUAAGUCGUAUCAUUUUUUUUUCCUCAUUUCUUGUUAGUUUUAUAUUAAAACAAAGGAUUAAAGAGUCUUUAUUUUGGAAACAUGGAGCUUUAAUGAUCCUUUGUUAGCUCUAGCUAGGAUUUUACGUACUAAUUAGGUAUUUAAACUAAAACAAAUUAAAAUCAAGAAGAAGAGCAUAGAGAGAUGGUGAGGACACCAUGUUGCAAAGAAGAAGGAAUAAAGAAAGGAGCUUGGACUCCUGAGGAAGACCAAAAGCUUAUUGCUUAUCUUCAACUACAUGGUGAAGGUGGAUGGCGUACUCUCCCUGAAAAAGCUGGAUUGAAGAGAUGUGGAAAGAGUUGCAGAUUGAGAUGGGCUAAUUACUUAAGACCCGACAUUAAGAGAGGAGAGUUUAGUCCUGAAGAAGAUGACACUAUCAUCAAGCUUCAUGCUCUUAAGGGUAACAAGUGGGCCGCGAUCGCCACUAGUUUGGCGGGACGAACUGACAACGAAAUAAAAAACUAUUGGAACACAAAUCUCAAGAAGCGUCUAAAACAAAAAGGCCUCGAUCCAAUUACUCACAAACCGAUCAAUUCAACCGGUAUAACCGGUUUGGAAUCAAAAACCAACAAACCGGUUUAUUCAUCCGGUUCCGCGAGGCUUCUUAACCGCGUCGCAAGCAAAUACGCCGUGGAAUUAAACCGGGAUCUACUAACCGGUAUAAUCAGCGGAAACUCCAUCGUCGCCGAAGAUUCACAAAACUCCGGCGAUGUUGAUUCUCCGACCUCCACAUUGCUCAACAAAAUGGCUGCAACAUCAGUUUUGAUCAACACUACGUCACCAUUUUCCGGCUUCUCCGACAACUGUUCUUUCACCGAUGGUUUCAACGAAUUCUUUAGCAAUGAAGAGAUCUCCGAUAUGUAUACGACAGUCGAUAAUUUUGGGAUUAUGGAAGAGUUAAAGGGUAUUUUAAGCUACGGCGGUGCCGGCGCCGGAGGUAUUGAAGAUUCGCCAGAGGUCAAUGUAGCUGAUGCAAUGGAGUUCAUUGAUUCUUGGAACGAAGAUGACAAAAUGGUUGGAGUCUUUGUCUGACGAGUCAGACUAAAACCAAUCUUACGUUGGUUUCUUCUUUAAUAACCUGUGAUAGAUUUG